GCUCUCUCCGGGGCUCUCGGAGGGCAGGACGGCGGCCUCGGGCACUGCUUGCUGGCAGCGAGACGCCGCCGCCAUGGCGGGUGGAGGCGCGGCCGGCCGGGCGGCGCAGAACGAGCUACAGGAAGCAAUUUCUGCUCAUGCAUCAAGCAAGCAAACGGAUGAAUACUCAGACGACUUUGAGAGUGAUGAAGAUGGCAUGUUAAAUGGUAUUGAGGAAGAAUUUACUGAAGGUUAUUCACGUGCUGCAAGCAUUGGUGAAUCUGUUGCUAUUGGGAGUUCUCUCCUGAAUGAUGAUGCUUCACAAAAACUAGCAGAUUUGGAAAAUGAACCUGCUGAUGACUUGACUUCGUCCUUUCAUGAAGAGGAGCUUCAGAAAAUAAUGGUUUUAGAAGGUGAUAAUAUAUCGGAUGACAGAAAAGAUGGUAAAGAAGAAUGUUUGGAAGGUCGAAAUGAGGGUAAUGACAGAAAAAAUAAUGAAGCGCUUUCAGCUGCUGAAGACUUACCAUGUGAUAAUAGUGAUAGUGAUGACUUGCCUAUUCAUGAACUACAUAAAAAAAGAAAUCAAGAGGAAAAGCAACCAACAGUAAAGCCACGGCUGCACAAACAAAGAAAUACUUCAUCAUCAGGUGAAGAUCAGAAGACUGUCAACACCAAUGACUUGAAACUGGAGGACAAUGGUAGAAAAUCUUCUUCUGUGAUAGAACAAAUGAUGACCACAGCCUAUGAGAAAACAAGGGAAUUGGAGAACCCAACACCUGACAGUUCAGAUGGAACAAUGAAAAUAGCAGAAGGGCAAAUAAUAACUGGUACAAUGCAGGAGGUAUCAGUGAAUGGUCAGUCUGAACAUAGGGAGGCAAAGCAUGCAUCAAAGAGCACUGUCAAGAAACCAAGUGAAACAAAGGAGAGAGUUCUACAAAACUCAAAUGCUUUAUCUGACAGGUCUCCGUCUUCUGGGCACCUAAAGACGAAGAUGAAAGCUGUUCCAUCAGCUACACCUGUUUCAUCUCAAUAUCUGGGAUCAUUAAACCUGUUAGAGGAUAAAUGCAUGCAGAAGAAAAGAACAGAAUUUGACAAAGCAGAUAAUUUAAGAGCAGCUGUUUUUCAGAAUUGGUUGGAAAAGAAAAAGCGCUUUCUAAUGGAAUUAAAGAGAACUGAAAAGGAGAAAGCUGAAAAUCUGAAGAAUGAUACUGAAAAGAAAGAAGCACUUAGAAGAGAGGAAUCAAUUGCAUGUUUUGAAGCCUGGAAAAAAAAGAAAGCAAGAGAAGCAAAGAUGUUAAGUGAAAAAAAGAAGCUUGAGGAACUUGAGGAAAAAACCCCAGAAGAACAGAAUAAGGAGAAAAUAGAAGCAGCACAGGUGGCAUUCAAGAGAUGGAAAGAAAGAAAAGUGGAAUAUUUAAGAGAGCAAAGCAGAAAGGAAAAAGAGUCUGAAAGAAUCAGGAAGGAGAAAGAAGAGGAACUGAUUGCAGAGAAGAGGAGAGUCAGCAUAUCAGCAGUUGAAAAAUGGAUUGAAAAGAAGGAAGAAUAUAUAAAAAAGAAGAAAGUAGAAAAAUUCCUAGAGAGGAAAAAGCAAGAAAUGCAACGGGCAAAGAAGGAAUUAAAAAAUGAAAAGGCUAUAGAGGAAUAUGAAAGAUGGCUGGAAAACAAAGAGAGGAGAGAGGAGCUUGAGAAGAAGCAAAAGAAGUUGCAGUCUGUCCAUGGGAAUGAAAUGAGUCCUCCCUGGAGGCCACCUGGCAAAGUCAAAUAUUCAGGGUAUUACUGAGAACUCUAUUGCCUUCUAGAAGAAAAGAGAGUCCACAAAGUUCUGACAAUUGCUAGUCACUAUUUCAUUAACAGUUGAUUUUCACUGGAUCCAUUGUAGGUGUUACAUUCUUUCUUUUUAGUUUAUUUGAUCUCUACAGUUUAAAUAAAUCACUUGUCUCCUUCCAUUGCUUUAGAAAAUGUACAAAUUUUUCUAAUUCCAUGUUUGAUGUAGUUUUGCUAAAUUCUAUGCCACUUCAUACCUCUUUGGUACCUUUUUCAUGAAAGUGUAUAUUCAGGAUAAAUGAGGAUGGACUCUGGCAUUUUUUUCACCCAAUAGGUAGCAGAAUGGUUAUUUUUAAGUUACUAAGCCCCACUCUUGAGAAGUUAAGUCUUGAAGGAGUGCUUUGAGGAGGCAGCAGGGUGGAGAUGAUGGACAAGGAGAUGUUGGCUCUCUUGUGAUAGUAGAAGACAAAAGGCUAAGGAGAAAGGUAGGAGGAUGUCAUUUUCAUACACGAAGAGAUAAGCUACAGAGAAAAUAGACUAUGUUACAUUAUAAAAUAUAAAUACAGGUCCUAAAUUAAAACUGCGUCUAGCAGAAGCAGGUUUUCAUGGGGCCAAAAACAGUGAGCCAUGUGAUGGCGCAGAAGAAUUAAACUAGAAUCCAUAUACUGUAAAAUUAUAUAGGACUAAGUAAGACUGAAGCUGUUAACUCCCUUUCAGAUCUUCAUAUACGUUCCAUAGAUGUCCUGCUUCCUACACAAAAAAACAGUUUUAGAGACAUAUUCACACAAAGGCUUACAUAAGAACUGCAAGGGCAGAACAGUGGUACUCUUGUGAGGCAACCUUAGAACAGAAAAUUAUUUUUUUGGAACUUAAUUUAAAGGCUUCUGUGAUUGUUUUUACAUGAUCGAGUAAAUCCUCCCCAAACACAUUUUCAUCAUUGCUAAUGAGCAGGUUGCUGUAGUAAAUUACAACUUUUUUUUUUCUUUUUUCUUUUUUUUUUUUUUUUGCUAUUUGCCUCACUAUUUUGGAAGCAAUGCCAAGACUACGUGUCUUUAGAGAUCUUCACAUCUCUUGUUUGCCUGCUGUCUAAACUCAAGCUGUUACUUUUGUUUGUGUUUUCUUAUUUGAACUUUAAUAAUCACUCCAGAUCAUAUAUGCUCCUCAAAUGUGUAUUCUUUAAAACAAAAACAAACCAGUACCACCAACCAAGAAG